AUGCCCAGCAACAUCGAACUAGCCAUCGCCGACGCUCUCGCCCUCUCAUCAAAGACCCAAUCAUGCUCCCCCACACCGAGCAUCGCCCACGUUAUCUCAGCCUACAUCCGCGUCGCAGGUUUCGCCGAUUUGCAUCCUCACCUCGACUGCACUUCGCCAGCGGACGCGAUAGCCUCAUCCUCCUCCUCAGCGCUCUCCGAUGCAGCAGUUCUAUCCGCCUUUGAACGCGCCCUCGAGAAGCACGCCUCGCCGCUGUGCAAAGCGGGCUCGGAGGCUGCGAAGCUCGUCGCGCGUGUUCGACGGGAUUACUGGCGUUGUGUUCUUCUCGCUUCGGGAAGCCAGGACGAUGAGUUAACGCAGUUGCUGCUCGAGUCGCAAACCAGAGAAGCAGCAGCAUAUGCUUCUGUAUCGUCCCCUCCUUCUCCCUCCCCGCAGUCAAAGUCCAAGAAGGCGAAGACUCCGAAGCGUGGUACUGCGAAUGUCGAUGUCGAUGUGACGGACUCCAAGGACUCUGAGGACGACAAAUACAUUUCGACGCCGACGAAGGCGAAGACGAAGGUUGGCUUGUUCUGCCCGACGACCUCUGGCCUUGAAUCGCUCGUUGGCCGCAAGAACGGUUUCCCCGAGCGCAGCCAGAUCUACCUCAAAGGUCAAGGCUGGAAGACCCUCUACCCCUGCCCAUGCUGCGGCUCCAUGGUUCGCGCUCGCGAGGUCCUGCGGGUGCUUGACAUGGAAGCGGGGGACGAGGAUGUUGAGAUGGCGGAUGCGACAGCUGAUUCUUCCAUGAUCAUAUCGCCUGAGCCCAAGAAACGCAAGUCUAGUAUGGCCAAGGGGGGUCGCAAGAAGACGAAGCAGGUGAAGAGGGGAAAGCAGGUUGCGGUGAAGGAUGCGUCUUCACAGGUUUCUUUUGACCCUUACGGUCCUUCAACGAGUAAGGCUUCUAUGUGA